AUGUUCCCUUGGGAGAGGCGGCAGAUGGACAGCAAUGCGCAGGGGCUGCGCACGUGGGAGAAGCUGUACUGGGGCGUCUUUGUCACCGCGCUGGCCGGCCUCCUCUUCUCGCGCCUCUACCGCUCAGAAAAGGCCGAUCCCAAGGUGGACGAGGACAAGGAGGCCAGGAAGCUGCAGAAGGCGCGGAUGGUGCUGGCAGGGCAGCCCUUCACAGACGAUGAUGACCCCUUUGAAGGGCUCACACCGCAGGAGAUCCAGCAGUACGUGCAGACUGCGACAGAGGGGGCGUCGUCUGAAGAUCCCUUCGAGGGGAUGAGCCCGGAGGAAAUCAAUGCAUACAUGGAAGAGCAUGGCGCUGCGCACUUGUAG